AUGUCAAGCCCGUUCGGUGAGCCUUCCCCAGGCAUAGACCUCAAAGAAAACCACACGCCCAGGAACAAUGCCACGGUCAUCGCACUGUACAUUCUCGCCAUCAUUGCGAUUGCAUUACGAAUCACCGCCAGGCUAAAGGUGCAGCAUGCCAAUGUCCUGGCAGAUGACUGGUUGAUUGGUGUAUCACUUAUCCCCGUCACGGCGAAUCUCGUCUGCACCAUUGUGGGGGGCUACUAUGGCCUUGGGAAACAUGUCUGGGUGGUCGAGUUGGACAAUGUGAUCGUCGUGAUGCAGCUUCUAUUUGCAUAUGUCCUCAUCUAUGUCGUUGCUAUUCCACUGAUCAAGCUCUCUAUCAUCCUGUUCUACCGCCGCAUCUUUGGCAUGAACUGGGUGAUGUGGAUUUGUGCGUUCUUGACCGUCGGCUACUGGUUCUCAUGCACUAUUGCGUUCCUUGUCUGUUGCCGACCCAUUAUCAUAUUACUGGACACAGUAUCGGGACCCCGGCGGGGGGAAUGUAUCUUCAACCUGUACCCUUUCUACAUCGGCAAUGCGGCGGCCAACGUGGCCACGGAUGGUAUAAUCCUAAUGGUUCCCAUCCCUCUGGUCUGGAGACUCCAGAUGCGAACGGCACAGAAGAUCCUGGUGUCCGGUAUCUUCUUACUGGGAGGAUUUGUUUGCGUCGCGAGCGUCAUCCGCAUCUAUUUCAUGACCUUCCUCAGCAGAUCUCUCGACAUCACCUGGAACAUGGGCGACGUAUUCAUCUGGUCCAGCGUGGAACCGUGUAUCGGCAUUGUCUGCGCCUGUCUUCCAACCUUGCAGCCUCUUCUCAAAUCAGCUCUCAAGCGCAUCCUCGGGUCCUCUCGGAUAGCAGGCAAAUUCGGCGCGAGUUCGUCUCAAGAGGUUGAGCUCCAGCGUAAAGCACAAAUCCAGCGUGUCUCAGGCGGCCAUGAUGAACAUCGUCUCUUACGCUCCCUUGACGACAGUCAGCACAGGAGCAAUGAUGAACGUUUGAUUCUCCGGCCUACAGAAGACGAAGCAAUCUUGACGACAAACUCGGAGCCCGCCGAAGGGACCAAAUUCGCGGGAGGCGAAGGCAGCGACAGUGAAAGGAAUGAAAGGAAUUCCAUGUCGAUCCGGGUGCAUCGGAACUUUCAGUGGCAAGAAGAGCAUGCUGGCCGAUGA